AACAGAUCACUCAGCAGCACACCACAACCCAGCAACUCGACACACCCAUCUCUCUGUCUCUUUCAGUCUCUUUCUCAUGUCACCACGAGCUGAAUUAACAUCUAAACUCCAGGACUGCACAAGAGAGAGACAUAAGAAAAGGUGUGGGGAAGAAGAGCAUUUCAACAGUAUGGGCUCAGGCCAGAGCAGUGAGAAGCUCCACUGUAACCGUUAUCUCACUGGACAGGGUCCUCCAUCACUAGUACAACAAGCUAAUGAAGGGCUGAAUGGGAUGCACAAAGCAGUGAAUGGCUGCCAGCCAGAAGGCCAGAUGACCUGGGUGCUCCUCCACAGAGACCUGCCAGGAUUCCCUGAUGACAACACCCUGCAGAUCAACUACAUAUUCCCAGAUGGAAUACAGACAGAGAAACAUCCUCACCCUGGCCAGCCUUAUGCAGGCCUGCGACUUUGUGCUUACCUGCCUGACAACCAUGAAGGCAGAAAAGUUCUCAAGCUGCUGGACAAGGCCUUUAACCAGCAACUCCUGUUUACUGUUGCCACCAAUAGACAUGGAGAGGACAUGGUCACUAUUGCUUCUAUCCCCCUGAAAACACAUCCAGAUGGAGGGAACAGAAUUGAUGGCUACCCAGACUCUGAUUACCUGAAGACUGUGAGAAAGCUACUGAGGGAUAAAGGCAUUGAAUAACAAACGACACACGCACACACACACUGAAGGCAGAUACUUAAAAUUUACAUUUUAUCUAUGAAAGACCAGAGAUUCUGUGCCAUAAUAUGUCUUUUACAAAACAUUAUCUGAUGUUUGUUGUCUAUAUGAAAUCUUGGUUAUAAUCUGUGUAUUAUUGCAUUAAUGCAGUUCUUACGUAUCAAGUAUAUUUAUUAUAACAUGUAUUAACUACAGCUUUUGGUGUCUUAUGUGCAAUAACUUGUCUUUGCGUGAAGCGAUUAUUUUAUUGAUUUUUAAAACUUAGAAUGUAUAUAUAAUACAUAUGAGCCGUAUCCCUGUAGGAAUUAGGUAAAUAUUUCAUUUAUUUUUGAGCAAUACAGGGAACAAUCUAAACACAUUAGUUUAUCCACAAUCCAUUUGUUGCACAAGAUUUAAUUUAGGAGGCACUUCCCACAGUAACCCAGGCCCCUUUGUCACCCCCCCCCCCCAUCUUCCUGUCCAUCUCUCCAGCUAUGACUGUCUAAUAAAGCAUACAAUUCCAAAAGUUUAA